AGGAGAUUGCCCAUUUUUGUUUUCAAAUAAAAAUUGUGAGAAAACAGGAUCGGAUAUGGAACGUUGAUUAAUCUCUUUUCUUUUUCCUGUUUUUGAUUGUAAAUCUAAUAUAUAUCUCAAAAAGCUCAGGAUACUUUUGGGUUUGGUUUGAUUUUCGAGGGAAUGGGUUGUUUUCCUUGUUUCGAUUCAAAGGAAGAGGAGAAGUUAAAUCCUGUCAAAGAAACUGUUGAUAGAAAGCAAGGCCACCCAACUGUUUCCAAUAAUAUUUCCAAAUUAUCUUCAGGAGGGGACAGGCUUAGAGCAAGAAGUAACGGAGGGUCCAAAAGGGAAAUACCAAGUCCCAAAGAUGGGCCUGGUGGUCAAAUUGCUGCUCAGAUUUUUACCUUUCGCGAGCUUGCUGCCGCAACAAAGAAUUUCAGGCCGGAGUCUUUUUUAGGAGAAGGUGGAUUUGGACAUGUUUACAAGGGGCGGCUUGAGAGUACUGGUCAGGUUGUUGCAGUCAAACAGUUGGACAGAAACGGUCUCCAGGGUAACAGGGAAUUUCUGGUUGAGGUUCUCAUGCUCAGCCUUCUUCAUCAUCCUAAUCUUGUCAACUUGAUUGGUUAUUGUGCUGAUGGAGAUCAACGGCUCCUUGUUUAUGAAUUCAUGCCCUUAGGAUCCUUGGAAGAUCACCUUCUUGAUCUGCCACUUGAGAAGGAACCACUAGAUUGGAACACAAGAAUGAAGAUAGCAGCUGGUGCAGCUAAAGGUUUGGAAUACCUCCAUGAUAAAGCAAACCCUCCUGUUAUUUACAGGGACUUCAAGUCCUCCAACAUAUUACUGGAUGAAGGUUUCCAGCCGAAGUUAUCAGAUUUCGGGCUUGCGAAACUUGGUCCAACAGGAGAUAAAUCACAUGUUUCCACCAGAGUUAUGGGCACAUAUGGCUAUUGUGCUCCGGAGUAUGCCAUGACUGGUCAAUUGACAGUGAAAUCUGAUGUUUAUAGUUUCGGGGUUGUUUUCUUAGAGCUAAUUACUGGACGGAGAGCUAUUGACAGCACACGACCCCAUGGAGAACAGAACCUCGUCACAUGGGCACGUCCGUUGUUCAAUGACCGCCGCAAGUUUUCAAAAUUGGCAGAUCCAAGAUUGCAAGGACGGUAUCCAAUGCGAGGUCUUUACCAAGCUCUAGCUGUGGCCUCUAUGUGCAUUCAAGAGGAGGCUGCCACCCGUCCUCUAAUUGGAGAUGUGGUCACUGCUCUCUCAUAUUUGGCGAAUCAGGCAUAUGAUCCUAACUCAGCGGGGCAUGGCUACCGAGGUUCUGGAGAUAAGGAUGAUAAAAGAUACAAAGAUGACAGAGGAGGAAGGGUAUCAAAGAACGAUGAAGGAGCAUCAUCUGGCCGUAGGUGUGAUUUGGAAGGGUCCGAGAAGGAGGACUCCCCUAGAGAAACAGCCAGAAUGUUGAAUAGGGAUUUAGAUCGAGAACGAGCUGUGGCCGAAGCCAAGAUGUGGGGGGAGAAUUGGCGAGAAAAAAGGCGACAGAAUGCACAGGGUAGUUCCGACGGGUCUAAUGGCUAGUUUGCCACAGUUUAUGCAAAUUUCUGACUUGGUAAGGUGAAGAAAGAUUUUCUUUCCAGUGCAUGGCCCAUCCAAAAAGCUUGACAAUGCUUUACUUUAUAUCCUUUCAUUUCAUUGAAGCAUAGAACAAGAUGAUGAU